AUGAUGCCAAGGUUAUCAACUCAGCUGAUCAUUGCAUUAGUCUUUAUUCCCACUGCCCUGGGACAAAAUCUUCUGGAAAUCUAUAAAGCCAUGAUGAAUGAUCAAGCGGCUCGAGCUAAAACUCCUCCAAUCAAUAUCGAAUUCUUUGGAGAAAGUUUGUGUCCAGAUACAACGAGAUACUUCCGGAACCAUAUCAUGCCCGUUUGGACAGCCUUGCAAGCAUCCUCACUUGUCAAUGUCACUUAUCACCCAUUCGGAUUGGCGGAAUGUAGACGAAAAGACGGUGUCGUAAGAUGUACUUGCCAACACGGACCCGCAGAAUGUCAAUUAAAUAUGCUACAGGCCUGUGUCAUCAGUGCUCUUGAAUUCCCUCAACUUUAUCUUCCAAUUGUGAACUGUAUGCAAGGAAAAAGUCAAUUUGCCUCUGCCAUCGACGACUGCAUUGUGAAUUUCCGGCCGAGACCAGAUCUCGAUGAAAAUUUUAUGACCCGAUGCGCUCAAAGUCAACUCGGAGCAAAACUAAUGAUGCAACAUGGAUACAGACAACGAGAGGUCGCUCCAGAACUUGAUUGGGUCCCUUGGAUCCUCGUGAACGGAAGACGAUCCCAAGCUGCUGAAAACCAGCUGAAAACUAUAAUUUGCUCAUUCCCGGAACCUUCUCGUUACCAAUACUGUAAAACGAGUGAGGAAUUUAUUAUUUCUAAAUGA